GUCGCGCCGGGCCGGCCCCCUUCCGCGGCGGCGAGCGGAGCGAUCCCGCCGGCACCCGCGCUCGCGCAUUCCUGCCCGACGGGGGUCGCGGUGCGCCUGCGCCCGGACGCGGGCUGUUGUCGUGACUGGGCCUUUCACUGUUUUUCCUCUCUCGCCCCCCUGCGGCUACCUGGUCGGCGCCUGCGCAGGGGACUCGGCACCGAGGUGGCCGAACUGGGGGGAGGGGCCCGAGUGGGCGCAAGGAUGACCCAAGAUUGUCUAAAGCCACAGGGAAAAUGGUGGAAAAUUCACCGUCGCCAUUGCCAGAAAGAGCGAUUUAUGGCUUUGUUCUUUUCUUAAGCUCCCGGUUUGGCUUCAUACUAUAUCUUGUGUGGGCUUUUAUUCCUGAAUCUUGGCUAAACUCCUUAGGUUUAACCUAUUGGCCUCAAAAAUACUGGGCAGUUGCAUUGCCUGUGUACCUCCUCAUUACUAUAGUGAUCGGUUAUUUAGUCUUAUUUGGAAUAAACAUGAUGAGUACCUCUCCACUCAACUCCAUUCACACAAUCACAGAUAACUAUGCUAAAAAUCAACAGCAGAAGAAAUACCAAGAAGAGGCCAUCCCAGCAUUAAGAGAUAUUCCUAUUAGUGAAGUAAAUCAAAUGUUCUUUCUUGCAGCCAAAGAACUUUAAACCAAAAACUGAAUUGUAUGUAGACUUAACACCAAACUUUUAUGAUAAGUUUUUGACUUACUUUGACCAUCUUUCUGAUUAACACCCAAUAUUGAAAUGUAAAAAAAGUAAGUUGAAUUUCCCUUAGAUUGCUCCAUUAAUAUUAUAACUGUUCUUAAAUAGAAGUUAUUAAUAGAAUAAAUAAAGAAUAAAUAAAAUACUGCAUCACCGUAUAGCAGACUUUUUAAAAAGAAGUAUCAGUAGAAAUAAGAAGCCCCUCCAGGAAGGCAUUCAUGUAAUUUUCAAAGGGCAAUUGUGUCCUUCCCAUUGUUUGUUCUUACAAGCCCAGGAUUCAAGCUCUUAGACUUGGGAGAAGGAUACAUUGAAUAUGUAUGCUUGCUGUCAGAUUCAUGUCUGAGGAAUGACUUCUUUAGAUCCGGUGGUCAGUGGAGCCUGCUCAAAGAGAAGCGGUUAAGGUUGAGAUUAGAUUAAUAAAAACAGGAGCCAGUUAUACAAAGAUUAGAGGGGGAGAGGGGAGAUUUCAAGUCCUGAGCAGCCAAGGGGAGACCUUUGGAUGGGAAGGAGCUUGGUGUGUCCUAAGGACUGAAGGCCAGCAGGGGGCCUAGAGCAGCUGCUGGAGGGUGUGAGGGGCUGUGUAGGCCAGCGUAAGAAGUCCGGAUUUACAUAUCAGUGUGAUGGGUUUGAGGCACUUUAGAUACUGAGCUAUUCGGAGCCUUUACGGAAGAGUGUGACAUGGCCUGAUUUGUGUUUUCUAAAAGCCACUGGGUGGUGGGUGGAGGGUGGGUUCAGGAGGGGGAAUUGGGGUUGGGGCAAGAGUGUGGAAGUGAGGAGACCCAUCAGGAGGCCAGUACAUUGGUUCAGUGGUCCAGGCAGGAGAUGCUUGUGCUUAGAGCAGAGUGGUAGCAGUGGAGCUAGGGAGGGGAGGGGAGGGAGGGGUUGGUCCGCAGCAUUUGUUGGAGACGUAGUUGACUGGGUAGAGGGGUCUGACUGGGCAGGGUAGGCAGCCUACUGAGAGAAGUUGUGAUCAGGGGUCAUUCCUAGGUUUUGGGGGACUAAGGAACUGAGUGGAUGAUUGCACCUUCCCCUGAAUCAGACAGAUCUGGGGAAGUGCAAUUGGGGACGUGGGAGGAUUUGGUAUAGGAAUUAGUUUGAGUAACACUGCCUUAUUAAUAUUUGGGCACGUCUCAUGUAAGAUUAGGAAGCUUAGAUAGAAAUAAGUUUAAAAAACAAACCAUACAUACCUUACCAAGAGUAUACUCACAGUUGGCCAGUGGGACCAAAUCUAAAUUCAUCUAGCAGUCAAGGCCUUCUAAUUUUUGACAGCUUAAAUCUCUACACUGAAGUGGAGCCACACAUUUUAAUUUAUGCAAAUUUAACUAUACUUUCUGUUAAAAAGAAGGAAAAGAAAAGAAAAAGAAACUAAUAAUUUUAAAUGGUUGGGAAAACUAGGACUUCCAUUUUAAUAACCAUUUCCCCACCCAGUAGGCAUGAGAUGGAUGAUGUGAAUCUACUGUUUCUGUUCCCUAAUGUGUCCCAGGUCCUGUGUUAUUUUAUGGUAAGUGUAUGUCACCACACUUAAGAGCAGUUUGAGGGCACCAGCCCACUCUAUCAAGGAUGGAAUGGUAAACAGAUUGUGUCCUGUUUAUACAGUGGAAAACCACACAGCCAUGCAAACAAGAAUGAAAUUACUGCUCUAUUAUUGUGAAUGAAUGUCACAGAUACAAUGUCGGGCAUAAAAAGCCAGACAUAAAAGAAUAUGUAUGUACCAUACGAUUCCAUUUAUAUAAGGUUCAAAAUCAGGAAAAGCUAAUGUAUGGUGAUAAAUAUUAGAACAGUGGUGUUAACUAGGAGGCAGCCUGGGGGAGUCUGCUGGUGAGUUGGAAAUGUCCUAUGUCUUGAUCUGGGUGCUGGUUACCUGGGAAUAAGGUAUGUUCAAGGAAAUAGAGUUAUAUCAUGAAGACUGUGCUGUUAAUGUAAGUUACAUCAAUAAAGUACUAUGUCCCACGCCCAGAAA